AUGGAGAAGAACCAGAAACGAAUAUCGUGCAAGCGGUGCCAACAGAGAAAGAUCCGCUGCUCCCGCACCUUUCCAUGCACAAACUGUUCCACAGCAUCCGCCAAAUGCGAGUUCCGCGAGAGCGACUUCAAGCGGCCGCCCGUGUCCCGUGAGUAUGUCGCGGCUCUCGAGUCACGCAUCGCCUCGCUCGAGAGCUUGCUGGGCAACCUCAAGGCCGCCGACGGCGAUGAGCGCAACCAAAUCCUCGACGACCUCGAAGUCCAAGACUAUGUGCCCUCCUUUUCCGGCCUGCCCUUGGCGGAUGAAAUUGCGCUGAGCGAGGCCAUGACCAAGGCUUCGUUUCAGGAAAUGACUGACGGAUCCAUGAUCUACCACGGGCCAACAAGCAUCUUCCAAAACGAAGUCAGCACCUCCAUGUACCCAACCAGCUCCUCCACCGCCUCGAAGCCCUCGGCCUUCCACGAGGACAAGGCCAACCUGACCAAUCAGACCAUGCGCCUCUGCAUCGGCCUCUUUUUCUUCUGGCAGUACCCGCUCUUCAUGUUCAUCGACCGGGAAGCUUUCAUCCAAGAAUUCGAAGAGAACCCCGUCGACGGCAAUUUUUGUUCGCCGCCCUUGAUCUACGCAUGUGCCGCUCUGGGUGCGCUCAUGUCCAAGGAUCCGGAAGUCCGGCCCAGGGCACAGGAGUUCGCGAACACGGCGCAGACCAUCUUGACCACGGAUGAACUGGGUAUUUCGAGGCCGACCUCGGUGCAAGCGUGGUUGUGUCUUGCAUACUAUGAAACUGGUUUGAGUAACAUGUCCAAGUCGUGGCUGUACACAGGCAUGGCCUUCAGAAUGGGUCAGGACCUUGGCUUGCAAAGAGACCCUACACACUGGGGCCCAGAAGAGAAGCCGAAUGAGGCGAAUCCAUUCCCAUUCAACAACGAGUUCCGACGCCGAAUCUACUGGGGAUCUUUCCUGACGGACAAGAUGUUCAGCCUCUUCCUAGGUCGUCCAACAUUUAUGUACGAGAACGAUGCCGACGUGAACAUCAACGAACCUCUACCACACGACCCUCCAAUCUGGGAGAACUGGCUCUUCUCACACGACCUCGGCUUCCUCAAGACCAUGCGCCCAGCCGGCCCAAAGCUAACGCUCCUCUUCAACCAGCAGAUUGAAUUGGCCCGCAUAGUUCACGACAUGCUAUCCCAAACUUUCGCGCCCAAGAAGAUGAAGGACCCAGCCGCGAGGAGGUGGAACGAGGUCUCCCUCAACAAACUCAACGCUCGUCUCGUCGCGUGGCACGAGGCGCUGCCUACCAACAUGCGAUGGAAGAAGUGGUUCACCAACAAAGACAUCCUGCAGCCCAACGUGUCAAUUCUACACAUGUUCUACCACAGCACUCGCAUCUGCCUCAACCUCCCCUUCCUAGCCUCCGUCCGGCACAUUCCCUCCACCGCAGACCUAGCCGACAACGACGAUGACGACCCCGAGACAUCCUCAAACAACCCGAUCAUCAAGUCGCUCAGGAUAUGUCAGUCCUCCGCGCAAGGGAUAGCUGACGUCCUACAGCGCUUUAAGAGUCAGCACACGCUCGGCAACGCGCCUCUGAUCUUCGUUGGAGCCACCAUCGUCGCGACGAACGCAGUGCUGGUGACGACGAGGCACCAGAUGGGAGGCGGAGGCGUUCCGCAGCUGAUGAAAGACACAUUGUUGCCUGUGUUCGACGGCGCGCUGGAAGACAUGUCUGCUUCGUAUAAACUUGCGGAGGAGGCUAGGGCCAAGGUCCGGGCUGCGUUGAAUACGAAGGAGCAGCAUAGGUAUGAUGCGGGAGGAGGACAGCAGUCUGAGGUCGUGCCAGUUGGGUUGGAUGGUGAGGCUGCUCGUAGCGAUGAGCCGGUGGCAGUUGUGGUUGAUCCGGCGCUCUCGGGCUCGGUCCCUCCUCCAGUGACGACGGCGAUCGGUUCGGGCUCGACGACGGAGACAGCAGAGAUUCCCAGCUUCAUGAGUCCUGAGCAACAAGGGUGGCAGCCUCUGAGCGUGCUAGAUGGAGAAACGGCUUUCUGGGGGAACCUUGGCAACGACAUAUUUGCAGGCUCAGAGUUGGAGUAUCUCGACGGUGUGACGGAAUUCGAUUGGACUGACCGGCCGCCAAUACCUUGA